GCUGUCGCAAAGUGACAAUGUUGUCGUGUAUGGUUAGCUGCUUUAGCCAACCAGUUAGCAAGCUGGUAAUUCUGAAUGUUUCGUUGAUCUUUUUGCAAGAGGAGGGGGUCGUGUGUCAGAUCGUUGGCUAGAUCAAAACCUCAAUGCAAUAAUCUAUCAGUUCAACAUACAAUUAAGAAACGAACGUUAUCUGAAGGAUCCUAACAGAUGCUGGUGUUCUAGUGGACACCAUUUUAUGUUAGUUAAUGUAUCCGACCCCAAGGAUAUUCCCAACUACCUAGCUAGCUAGCUGGCUUAAUGGACGUCUACAAUUGCUAGCUAGCCAACUAAAACUUCGUCAUUCGAGUGGUGGAUGGGUUUACAAUAUCGUGCAACAAAAUACUGCUAAAAAGAGCAGUUCAGGAUUGAUCGAAAUGGAUACGGCCGAAGAAGCGGAUAUAUGUCGGGUGUGCCGGUCCGAGGGAACCCCAGACAAGCCUCUCUACCAUCCUUGUGUAUGUACCGGGAGUAUUAAAUUCAUCCACCAAGAAUGCUUGGUGCAGUGGCUGAAGCACAGCAGGAAGGAGUACUGUGAAUUAUGCAAGCACAGAUUUGCUUUCACACCAAUAUAUUCCCCAGAUAUGCCCUCACGCCUGCCUAUCCAGGACAUCUGUGCGGGGCUCCUGACCAGUGUUGGCACUGCGAUCCGCUACUGGUUCCACUACACACUGGUGGCGUUUGCCUGGCUGGGGGUGGUCCCUCUUACAGCAUGUCGCAUAUACAAGUGUCUCUUUACCGGCUCUGUGAGCUCGCUCCUGACUCUGCCAUUGGACAUGCUCUCAACAGACAACUUGCUUGCGGAUUGUCUUCAGGGUUGUUUUGUAGUGACGUGCACCCUGUGUGCGUUCAUCAGCCUGGUCUGGCUGAGGGAACAGAUCGUCCACGGUGGCGCCCCUCAGUGGCUCGAACAGCACCAGCAGCAGCCGCCGCCCAACGCAGCCGGACAACCCAACGAGAACCAGGAAGCAGGCCAGGGAGCUGCCGACGACCCUCCAGUUGCCCCGCCUGCCCCAGCUGACCCUCCGGCCCAGAACGAGGCAGAGCCCGAGCCCCCCGAUGCCCCACCGGAGCAGGGAGACGACCCGGAGCUGGACAACGAGGAGGAGGAAGGAGCGGCCGCGGAGGACGCUGACGCUAAUAACGGGGCACAAGAUGAUAUGAACUGGAAUGCUCUGGAGUGGGACCGUGCAGCUGAGGAGCUCACCUGGGAGAGGAUGCUUGGACUGGAUGGCUCCCUGGUGUUCCUGGAGCAUGUAUUCUGGGUGGUGUCUUUGAACACCCUCUUCAUCCUCGUUUUCGCGUUUUGCCCCUACCACAUAGGACACUUCUCCGUGGUGGGACUUGGCUUUGAGGAAUAUGUCCAAGCCUCCCACUUUGAGGGCCUAAUCACAACCAUCGUGGGCUACAUACUCCUGGCCAUGACGCUUAUCCUCUGCCAUGGACUGGCCGCUCUAGUCAGGUUCCAGCGCUCCCGGCGUCUCCUCGGAGUCUGCUACAUCGUUGUCAAGGUGUCUCUGCUGGUUGUCGUGGAAAUUGGAGUUUUCCCGCUCAUCUGUGGCUGGUGGCUUGACAUCUGCUCUUUAGAAAUGUUUGACGCUUCACUGAAGGACAGAGAGCUGAGCUUCAAAUCUGCUCCCGGAACCACCAUGUUCCUGCACUGGCUUGUGGGAAUGGUCUACGUCUUCUACUUUGCCUCCUUCAUCCUGCUCCUGAGAGAGGUGCUGAGACCAGGCGUCCUGUGGUUUCUGAGAAACCUGAACGAUCCGGACUUCAACCCUGUCCAGGAGAUGAUCCACCUGCCCAUCUAUAGACACCUGCGCAGGUUCAUCCUCUCAGUGGUGGUGUUUGGCUCCAUCGUGCUCCUCAUGCUGUGGCUGCCCAUCAGGAUGAUCAAGCUGCUCCUGCCCACCUUCCUCCCCUACAACGUCAUGCUGUACAGUGAUGCCCCAGUUAGUGAGCUCUCUCUGGAGCUGCUGCUGCUCCAGGUGGUCCUGCCUGCCCUCCUGGAGCAAGGUCACACCCGCCAGUGGCUCAAAGGCCUGGUCAGGGCCUGGACCGUCAGUGCUGGCUACCUGCUAGACCUCCACUCCUACCUGCUGGGAGAACAGGAUGACAACGAGGCCAAUCAGCCUGUCAACAACAACAACAACCCGCCACAGGGUCACCAUAACAACAACAACGCCAACCCCGCCCCUGCGGUCGGGGAGGGGCUCCACGCGGCCCACCAGGCUAUCCUACAGCAGGGGGGUCCUGUGGGAUUCCAGCCUUACCAUCGACCCCUCCGGUUCCCUUUCAGGAUUGUGCUGCUGAUAGCGUUCAUGUGUGCCACCCUGCUAGUGGCCAGUCUGCUGUGCCUCACCCUGCCAGUGUUUGCGGGGCGCUGGUUGAUGUCCUUCUGGACCGGAAGCUCCAAGAUCCACGAGCUGUACACGGCGGCGUGCGGCCUGUACGUGUGCUGGCUGUCCAUCCGCGGCGUGACCGUCCUGCUGGCCUGGAUGCCUCAGGGGCGCACCAUCAUCAUGCUCAAGGUCCAGGAGUGGACCUUCAUGAUCUUAAAGACUGUGGUGGUGGCUUUGCUAGUGGCAGGGGUCAUCCCCCUCCUGUUGGGCCUGCUGUUUGAGCUGGUCAUCGUGGCUCCUCUGCGUGUUCCUCUGGACCAGACACCGCUCUUCUACCCCUGGCAGGACUGGGCUCUUGGAGUGCUCCAUGCCAAAAUCAUUGCUGCGAUCACCCUCAUGGGCCCCCAGUGGUGGCUGAAGACUGUCAUCGAGCAGGUGUACGCAAACGGGAUCCGCAACAUCGACCUCCACUUUAUCAUCCGCAAACUGGCAGCGCCCGUCAUCUCAGUGUUGCUGCUGUCCCUGUGUGUGCCCUACAUCAUUGCUGCGGGGGUGGUGCCUAUUGUCGGCAUGACCCCUGAGAUGCAGAUCCUGAUGCAGAGGAGGAUCUACCCGUUCCUGCUGAUGGUUGUCUCUCUCAUAGGCAUCCUCUCCUUCCAGAUCCGCCAGUUCAAACGCCUUUACGAACAUAUUAAGAAUGAUAAGUAUCUGGUUGGCCAGAGGCUUGUCAACUACGAACGCAAAGCAAGAGCGAGCUCAGUCCCGCCUCAGAAUCCUGUCCCUGAGUAGUCAAGUUUGUAUGAGAGGUUGUCACGUUGGUAAUCCCACACCUUUCUUUUACUAAAUUACAAAUCAACCCAUCUCCUAGUCUCUUUAGGACUGAGUGGAGUGGAUAUAUUAAGGCAGUAAUUGACCCAUCUUAUAUUCUGAUUGGCUGUUGGAUAGAGAUUUGGCAACAGUAUUGCUGACACCUAUAAAAUCAUUUCUGCCCAGCUGGAGUGGAGAAGGGGUCUAGCAGCUGAUAUGGAAUUCAGCCAUUUGUCUUGUUCUUGCCUUGAUUUGUAAAGUGAUGCCUGAGAAUUGUACAUGUGUAAAUACUUUGAAUGCAGACUUUGUUGUCGCAAAUUGGACAGUCUUGGAUUAAUGCAAUGACCAUUGUACAUCUUAAAAAAUGUAUGUAAAUUAAUUUAUUAAAUCAACUGACAAUU